UUUAAGUGUUUGCCUUUUUUUAUUUUAAAAAGUGACUAUAAUGAACGGUUAUUCCGGCAACACAGCCGUAAUCUCAAAAUAUCAUACGAGUCCAGGUGGUGUAUUAAUUAGUUGGUUGGUUUGUUAAUUACGACUGGUGAAAACAAGGAUCGACACGUGGAAUUGAGUUAUCGGGAAUGCACCACCUGGUUCUUCGCCCGCGAAAUCUACGACUCUGUUCGGAUAAAACAGAUUUAUACAACUGCUUAAAAAUCUCUGUCUCUAGAUUCUCUUCUUCGUUCUGAAUUUGGUUUUUUUAGUUGCAGAGGAGAAAAAUUUCUGUCUCACCACCUAUCUUGGCUAUCUCCUCCUGCAACCUCUCCCUCCCAAUCUCCAGAAUUUAAAACCUGGGUGCUGAUCAAAUUUAUCUUCAUUAAAAUUAUGGUACUUUGAAUCCGUACUUGUAUGUGCCAGAUUGUGUUGUGAGGUUUGCAUCUAGUAUGAAGUUAGUAAUCCUGGUCUGGGAAGUGUAAAAUUGAUUCAUUACUAUGGGUGGGUGUGUAUCGACGCCAAACAGAAGAUUACACAAGAGAAAGCACCAUCUUCCGAGAUCGGGUAAGCGCCGUGGUGGGAAGUAUUCCAAUGCUGUUCCUGAGGCACCCAUAAAACGCCUUAGCGAUGCAGGGAAUAUAACAGAUUUUGCUCUGAGUGAAUUUGUUCAUGUGGAUUUUGAAAAGGGUGCAACAACCACUUGCAGAAGAUCCGAGGUUUCUAAUUCAUCUUUUCAUCUCACUCAGUUACAAUGGCACCACAGUCAGAUAGAGGGUAAUGGUAUAUGCCAAGAGGAUGCAUGGUUCGACUCAGUUAGUAUUCUGUCCGACUCUGAUGAUGACUUUCUUAGCGUUCAUGGAGACGGUUUUCCUUCUGUUGUCAAUGCAACUGGGAAUCCCCCAACUGCCCAAGUGCUUCAGUAUGAAAGUGCUUCUUCGUGCUAUGUGGAUACCAGGUGCAAAUACGAGGAAUUCUACGAGAGCACUCCAACAUCAUUCGCUGUUGAGCGUUAUCUUAAAAUAGAUGGAGGUAAACCUGAGAAGUUCUGUAAAGAUGAAAUUGGGGAAGGUGGCCCUUUCGGACAUGGUUACGAUUUUUCUUGCUUAGGGAAGGCUGAUGAUGUAUGUAUCAAGAACAUUAAAGUAUUACAAGAUGCUUAUGGAAGCUUUAACGGUCGGAAAGAGGAUAGACAUGAUUUUGAAGACAAAACACAGGAGAGUACCUUGAAGUCGUGCUUGCCUCGGCUGCCUCCUUCAGUUAAUAUCAAUGACAAGAACCAACCUUCAAGUCCUCAAUCUCAAAGAAGGAAGUCGACAGUUAUCAGGUUGUCCUUUAAGAGGACAUCUUAUGAAGGAGAUGAAGCUACAGAAUUUUGUGCUUCAAAGAAUUUCUUAUAUCGUCCCAGGGCAGGACUAGUUAUUCCUCGCUCAAUAGGAGAGAAGCUAACUCCAGGAUGCUGGUCUCCUCUUGAACCUUCAGCCUUCAAACUUCGUGGGGAGAACUAUUUCAGAGACAAACGGAAAUCUGCAGCUCCAAACUAUUGUCCUUAUACUCCAAUUGGUCUUGACUUAUUUGUGUGCAAAAGAAAGAUUAAUCACAUUGCUCAGCACCUUGAACUUCCUUCUGUUAAAGCACACGAUAAGGUGCCAUCGCUUCUAAUCGUUAACAUUCAGCUUCCUACUUAUCCUGCUGCAAUGUUCCUUGGUGAUAGUGAUGGGGAAGGGAUGAGUCUUGUGUUAUAUUUUAGAGUAUCUGAGACUUUCGAUGAACAGAUACCUCUCGCUGUUCAAGAUAGCAUUAAGAAAUUUAUUGAAGACGAGACUGAAAGGGUUAAAGGGUAUAGGUCGGAGUCCUCGGUUUCUUUUAGAGAAAGACUGAAAAUCAUGGCUGGAGUUGUCAAUCCUGAAGAUCUCAACUUGAGUUCUGCAGAAAGGAAGCUCUUAAACGCUUACAACGACAAGCCGGUGCUCUCACGGCCUCAACAUAAUUUCUAUAGGGGUACUAAUUACUUUGAGAUUGACCUAGACAUACAUCGAUUCAGCUAUAUAUCAAGAAAAGGACUUGAAUCAUUUCGCGAACGUUUGAGAAAUGGGAUACUUGAUCUUGGUUUAACCAUCCAGGCACAGAAACAAGAGGAACUACCAGAGAAAGUAUUGUGUUGUUUGAGACUGAAUAAAAUUGAUUUCGUAGAUCAUGGUCAAAUACCCACGCUUGUAACAGUUAACGAAUAAAGAUGGUUCGGACCGUGCGGUCAUCUGAUUUUGAAGCUGUUGAUUACAGUGCUAGCAGUGGAGAAUUCACAUGUAAACAUCUGGAGUACCUUGUGCAGGGACCUAUGAAUUAUUAUAAAAAUGAAAGGAAAAAGAAUGGAAAUCACUCAGAUUUUAUAUUUACUCAAUUAUUUCAUAACCUUAUUUACUUAUUGUUAGUAGCAUCAUAUAUCCUUCAACUUCAGACUGUACAGAAGACAUCCAUCAUCCACACCAAUACCUUGCUGCCUCUCUAGUGGAUCAUAGCCCUGUGACCAAGACAAUAUUUGUGAUUUUUGUAUCUUUUUUCUGUGUCCACUCAGACGUGUUAGAGAACACAUUGUAUUUUAUCUAUUACUAGGCCUCAACCUGUGCUGUAACGGUAACGGCGUGUGAUUAAUCCAUUUUUUUGUGUUUUUCUUUUUAACA